ACUUUGGUGAUGGCACUGAGGAUGAUUUUGACGAACUGAAGAAUCUCCAGGAUGAAGUGGCCACAAAGAAGAGACAGCCCACAGCUCCGACUAAAAUGGUCCUGUUCUACACAUGGAUGGUUGUGGCUGUACUGCUAAUUAUUGUUGGUGUCUCCACCUAUCAGUCGCGCUGCAGAGGAUUCAGGUUCUUUGGAGCCAAAGCGCUGAAUCCUAAAGAUGACAGAAAACGACUCAUGGAGCAUGAGUUUGUUUAA